GACCAGCGCACAUCCGCCAAGAAAAGAAAACACCGGGAGCCACAAAACCCUUCCUGUGCCUGACUAUUUCUUGAAGAGCCACAACACUAACAUCAAAGUCCACUCAUCUGCUUUAGAGAGGGAGAAAUAUUUUGUUUGCCUUUGCUGGUGUGAUGGCUGAACUUUGAGAUGUUGGAGAACACUUCCACAACCAGCUGUAGAGUGAACCUAUUGCUCCAAGAAAAAAGAAAAAGCUUGGAACAAAAGAGGAACAGCCAUCCCCAUAUGAAGUGAUAUUAGAACAAAAACAAAAAAGUUAUAAUUACAGCAGGAAUGUACCAGGAAAAUGACUGGAAAAAUUCAGUAAGGAGAAAAAAUGAGAAAUUAUCUCUUGAGAAAAUAAUGCACGCUGUAUUGCCAGACUAGGUGUCCUGUUUCCAGAUUUCUAUGGAGCAGUGACUGGACAUCUCUUCCCUUCAAGGUAUAAUCAUGACAACCAGCAGCCGUGCGUGUUCUGUACCAACAGUCAGUGGACAUAUGACUCAUUUUCCUGGACCACCAUACCCAUUACUUUUUCCUCCUGUCAUUGGAGGACUCUCACUUUCAACUCUUCAUAGCAUUCAAGACAAUCCAUCAACCAAUCGAUACAACAUUCCUUCACCAGCAACUACGGGACAAAGGAUUGUUGAAUAUAUACCAUUAUCUAAAACAAUUGAAACUCAAAGCACCAGUUCUGAGGAGCUUGUUCCCAGUCCACCUUCCCCGCUUCCUCCCCCUCGUGUUUACAAGCCCUGUUUUGUUUGUCAGGACAAAUCUUCUGGAUAUCACUAUGGUGUCAGUGCUUGUGAGGGGUGUAAGGGUUUUUUCCGUAGAAGCAUUCAAAAGAACAUGGUUUAUACAUGUCAUCGAGAUAAGAACUGUGUUAUUAAUAAAGUCACUAGGAAUCGCUGCCAAUACUGCAGACUACAGAAGUGCUUUGAAGUGGGAAUGUCCAAAGAAUCUGUCAGAAAUGACAGGAACAAAAAGAAAAAGGAGCCUUUAAAGCAAGAGUUCUUAGAGAAUUAUGAAAUGACAGCAGAACUGGAUGAUCUCACUGAGAAAAUCAGAAAAUCUCACCAGGAAACAUUCCCUUCACUCUGCCAGCUGGGCAAAUAUACAACGAACUCUAGUGCGGACCAUAGAGUUCGUCUGGACCUUGGGCUUUGGGACAAAUUCAGUGAACUUGCAACAAAGUGCAUUAUUAAAAUAGUGGAAUUUGCAAAACGAUUGCCUGGUUUCACAAGUUUGACAAUUGCAGACCAGAUCACACUACUUAAGGCUGCUUGCUUGGACAUUUUGAUUCUCCGCAUUUGCACAAGAUACACCCCUGAACAAGACACAAUGACAUUUUCUGAUGGCCUUACACUAAACCGAACUCAGAUGCAUAAUGCUGGAUUUGGUCCCUUGACAGAUCUUGUGUUCACAUUUGCCAAUCAGCUUCUGCCAUUGGAAAUGGAUGACACUGAAACUGGCCUGCUAAGUGCCAUCUGCUUAAUUUGUGGAGACCGCCAGGACCUUGAAGAACCAGCAAAAAUAGAUGAACUACAGGAGCCAUUACUAGAAGCUCUCAAAAUAUACAUCCGAAAAAGAAGACCCAGCAAACCUCAUAUGUUUCCAAAGAUCUUAAUGAAAAUCACAGAUUUGCGCAGUAUCAGUGCAAAAGGUGCUGAACGUGUUAUUACAUUGAAAAUGGAGAUCCCUGGAUCUAUGCCACCUCUUAUCCAGGAAAUGUUGGAGAACUCAGAAGGACAUGAACCAUUGACACCAAGCUCAACAGUGACAACAGCAGAUCACAGUCCAAGUAUUUCUCCAACCUUGGUAGAUAAUUGCAGUGUCUCUCAGGCUCCUUUGGUGCAGUAAGACAUUUUCUCUAACGAAAUUCCUAAUUCUUGAUGCACAAGAAUUAUAUGGCAUAUUCUCUCUACGACUGCUUGUUUUCUGGACUUUACAGACACCACAACCCAAAAGGACCAAGAAUUGUUCAUAUGUAUCUAUAUUGUGUGAAGGUAUGAGUAUGUAUACACACACAAAAAGGAGUAACUUGCAGUUUAAUUUGAAACAUGUUUAGUACACUAAAAUUUCAAUAUUUGUGCAUGUGUGGGUAUGCACACACACGCGCAUACACACACACUGGGAGUAAGUUGCAUUACUUCUCUACAUUUGUAGGACUGUGCUCUGAAUCUGUAAUUUCAUGAAAUAAACUGAUAUGUUGCUAUUACUUCUUUUGAAUGUCCAACAUUGCAAGUGAUAAGAUUGAUCUCAAAGCGGAGGUUUAAAAGUUGUGGUUAUACCAUUUCUGAUGACUUUGUACAUAUAAAAUAUAUGAAUAUGUACUUUCUAUCCUGGAUAUUUGAUGCUUUCCCUUUUUAAAUGUGUACAUGAAAUGCUCCAGACAUCCCUUAGAAAUGGAUAACAUACUUGUCUGGAUAAGAACGUUUUAAAAGACACAGUCUUAGUUAGGAUGAAAACUUAUCAUUGUUCUUUUUAAAGACCUCAGUGUAUUACUUCUUUCCCAGCAAAAGAUCAAAGAAUUUCAUUGCAUUAGCAGAAGUAACUUUUGUGGGAGUGUAACUGCCAGCUGUUAUUUGAACAGAAUUUGUUCUAUUGUUAAUGUCACUUUAAAAAUAUACAAAGAGUUUAUUACUUUAUUGACUUCUCUACUUUUAAAAAUACUGAAAUUUUACUUCAUUUAUAGCCUUCAAGGCAAAAACACUUUACAGUGUUGUUUUACUUGUUCACAAGCUAUUAGGGAAACUUGGUGAAAUAAUAACCAGGCAUAAUCACUACCUCUGAUCGGUGGCACUAGUGAAAAAAAAACCACUCUGGAGAAAAGUGUUCCUCAGUCCUAUCAUUCUCUUCUGUGGCAUCACAGGGCUGGCACUGGAACACCUUGAAACAGAUGAUGGAAUCUGUCUCUAUGAUCUUGCUAAUCACCAUAAAACAGUGAAAAUGUGGUAGAAUGGUUACAAUUUUUAAAGUGUCAGGUUUUUUUUAGGUUUCAUUAAAAGCACUAGUGGAUUUUUUUUAUAUAUUCUAGCAAAUCUGUGAUGUACUUUCACUGAGUCUGUUUGUACAUUGAGAUUGUUUAACAAUGCUUUCUAUGUUCAUAUACUGU